CGGCGGCGGCGACCGCAGCCCGGGACGUAGCGGCCUGGUGAGGGACAGACCGCUCGCCCUGUCGGACAGCCGCGGCGGAGGAGAAACAUGGCGGAGGCUUCGGCGGCCGGUGCGGACGCGGGCGCCACCGUAGCCGCGCACCGGUUUUUCUGCCACUUUUGCAAGGGCGAGGUCAGCCCCAAACUACCGGAAUAUAUUUGUCCCAGAUGUGAAUCAGGCUUUAUUGAAGAAGUGACAGAUGAUUCCAGUUUUUUAGGUGGUGGUGGCAGCCGGAUAGACAAUAGCACAUCCACACAUUUCGCAGAGCUCUGGGACCAUUUGGAUCACACGAUGUUUUUCCAAGAUUUUAGACCAUUUCUAAGUAGCAAUCCACUGGACCAAGAUAAUAGAGCCAAUGAGAGGGGUCACCAAACCCACACUGACUUCUGGGGACCAAGCCGGCCUCCUCGGCUGCCGAUGACGCGGAGAUACAGAUCUCGGGGAAGUACUCGCCCUGACAGAUCACCAGCUAUUGAAGGAAUAAUGCAACAGAUCUUUGCAGGAUUCUUUGCAAAUUCUGCAAUUCCUGGAUCCCCACACCCUUUUUCCUGGAGCGGGAUGCUGCACUCCAACCCUGGGGACUAUGCCUGGGGUCAGACAGGGCUUGAUGCCAUUGUAACCCAGCUUUUAGGACAACUGGAAAACACAGGGCCUCCCCCAGCUGACAAGGAGAAGAUUACAUCUCUUCCAACAGUGUCAGUAACUCAGGAACAAGUUGAUAUGGGUUUAGAGUGUCCAGUGUGCAAAGAAGAUUACACAGUUAAAGAGGAAGUCCGGCAGUUGCCCUGCAAUCACUUCUUUCACAGCAGUUGUAUUGUGCCAUGGUUAGAACUGCAUGACACGUGUCCUGUAUGUAGGAAGAGCCUAAAUGGUGAGGACUCUACCCGGCAAUCCCAGAGCUCGGAGGCUUCUGCAAGCAACAGAUUUAGCAGUGACAGCCAACUACAUGACCGAUGGACUUUCUGAAACUAAAGAGCACACCUGCACCAGGGCUGUGGUGGUCUUCGGAACCAUAGCUGCAAAUUGUAUCAAAACAAAAGAGAAUAGAUGGAUUUAGGAGUCACAUAAGAAACCCAACCCGUAACAUUAAUGCAAUGAGUGUUUUUCUUCUCUAAAUUUAAAGUUAGUAUCUACAGAUGAAAUUGUGUCUACAACCAAAUGCCUCUUAUUCCUGAAUUCAGAGUGAUACUUUUAUAAGUGUGAAACUUAAUUAUGUGGGUUUCCCUUGCCUGAAUAGAAUCAAUUCCUUAAAGUCUAGCUAGGGCCCUGCUACCUGUCAUGUCGCCUUGUAAUGGAUGUUCCUCCUCCUUCCCAACCUCUGCCCCUCCUUUAGCGUAUUUUACAGUAAACACAGUGGAAUCAGAGCCCUAAAGUCUCACCGAUAGAAAGUCCUUUUGUCUUAAUUGUACAUAGCACCUGUUCUUGACCACAUGAGUUGCAAGGUGAGGUCAGACUAAUUCAGGAAUCUGAGACUGAUUCUUUUGUCUUGAUCCUCAGCAAGUCAAAGAAAUUACAGUGAGAAGGAAAAAAGUGGCUUAUUGUCAUAUACAUGUGUUUCUCAUAUUUUUAAAGUCUGCUUUAGGACAUACAGUUUCCCCAGGAACUGAUAUGAUUUCUCCUAGGAGUCUUAUGUUGGUAGGAAUCUGAUUCUGAUUCCUUUUUGGGAUUGAGUUGGGUAACAUAGAGGCACAGAAAGAUAAGUGUUUGAAAUCUGCGGUUCUGAUUUUUAAUGAUUCCCAAUCAUUGUUUACUAUCUUUUGCUCCAGGGACCUUAAAAUAAUUUCAUUUAUAGAAAUUGAGUUUUGUCAUUACUGCUUCUACAGCCAAUUCACUAUUUUUGGUAACUCGGUGGUCUUGAGAAAUGGAGAUUUUCAUUGCCUUAUUUUAAUAUUUUAAGCCCAUUUUACAUUUCUGAAACUUUGCAGUUCUGCUUGGUUCCAGCUAUACUUGGAGUCAAAGUGACUAAUGUGAUCGUGCCCCAAACAGUGUAACCUGGGAGAGGUAGGCCUUAGUUUAUUCAGUCCAACAGCGUCCCAGGUGCAUGCUUUUUGAAGCAUUUGAGUGUUUAAAGUUGAAUAGGUGAAGAAGAUCAAGAAUACCGUUGGAACUUCAGAAUCUCAAAAGAAAAUAAUGGCAACAUGUAGCAGCUGUUGAUGUACCAAAAAGGCUGAUAGUGGUGUGCAGAGGGGCAUCGUUUGCAUGGUCACAUCAGCCUUACAUAGUUUGGAAUGAUCGCAAUAAGAACGCCACUCUUUGUUGAGUCUCUUUCUUGGCUAGGAAACUCUCCCUCGUUUUUGUCUUUUGUUGACUACCAUGCACUGGGUUGGUGGUAGGAGGGGGGCUUAGAGGUAUCUUUGUGUUUUGACAGAGAAUGAAGGAGUCGGGGAGGGAAGGAUGGUUUAGGUUGGGCCCAGAGAGAAUAAAAGAUGUUUUCUUGUGCACCUCUCAUA